CGUUUCUGUGCACGAAUUUAUUCGACAACUAUCGGUAAAUAUCUAAGUACACAUAAUACCGCAUUUAAGACUUUUUCGUAUUUAUCUUUUAUUUUUGCUGCUAUUCACUCAAUACAAUGUUUUGUUCUCGUAAGAGAACCUAAUUAUCAAUGGCAAACAGUGAUGGAGUUCAAUGAAUGUCGACCAAAUGAGGUAUUGGACCCGGUUGAUUUAGAGUUCUAUUCGGCAAGAUCUCGCACACCGAGUCCUGCGCCUGUGCUUACAACUAACGUAUGUUGCGACUUGGAGGACAUAUUGAGCGACGCCAUAUCAGAGUCCCUGCAAGGUUCACUUAGAGUAAGCCGAAGCCAGUUAAUAAAUCAAGAACUAACAAUAAGACCAGAAGCGAACAUAGAGUCAAACGUACCAGAAGAGCUGGACCUAUACAAAGUUAUAUUUGAAGUUGAAAGUGAUACAGAAGCAAAGAUGGGUGACCUAGAUGGUGCUACAACGGCUGUUAAAAAUGACACUCCUAAAGGCCAGGACUCAUGCCGUUUGGUCGGCGGGUCAAAGUUCUACGAGAUGCUGGAUGGGUCGCAGGCUGCGGACACCGCCACGCCCUCGCCCACAGAGAAACAAGACCACAUGAAACCUAUCGAGAGCGAUGAUGAAGUAUCAGAUGUUGAUCAAGACUGCACUGUGUUCUGCGGUGUGAGCUACCUUGGUGCGCAGAACAUCGCCGACCCUAAAUCGGAGCAGGACAUCCAGCGCAUCAUGCAAGAGCUCAGUUCCAUGCCGGAGAACAGAGAUGGCAUCGCUGUGUCAAUAUCUAUACCGGUCUGCUCGCAGGGACUUGUCGUUCUGUACCAAGCGGACAGCAAUAGCGUGAUGACGCGGUACGCGGUGAACCGCAUCUCGUUCUACGCGCGCGGCGCGGCCGGCUCGCCCGUCGCCUCCUGCUUCGCCUUUACCUGGUCUCACGGCGAGACCAAGGAGUCCGCCGUCUACCGCUGCCAUGUCUUCCGUUGUCAUAUCGCGGAAGCCGUCAAUCAAGUUUCCAGUUGUUUUGCGAAAGCAUUUGAACGUAUUCCGCGGUCAAUGGCUUCGUCGUUGGUAGGCGAGUUGAGCGCGGCGCCGUCGCUGACGGGCUCGCUGACGGAGGCGGUGGGCCCCGCCCCACCCAUGCAACUCAUGCACGUGUUAGAGUGCACUGUUGAUCUGAAAGAGACGGAUGCGAAGGGUACAUACAGCCACGUGCCAAAGGAACGUCUCGGCUUCAAGUUGCGCGGUGGCAUUGACAAGCAAGUCACCAUCAAUGUGCAGCAAGUCACCAACAACGUGCAGCCAGAGAUGGAUGACUCGCAGAUGUCGUACACCGGGGGGUUGUAUAUAGAAAGAUGCUUUGGUAUUCUACUGGCUCCCGGACGCAGCGUCAAACAUUCUGAUAUGAGAUUACUUGAGAUGAUUAUUUGCAGAUUGGUUAUAGAAACCCCAGUGAAAGUUUACCCGCCAACAGAAAGAUUCUGGUACUAUUCGAAGCGACCUCUGGUGCAACAGUUUUAUAUCAACUUGAAAGAGUCACUAGACGCUCUCGGGCAGUUACAAUACGAGGUAGCGAGUGUGGAAACUUCUGGAGAGUUGGACAGAUCUCGUCUGAACCUUCCGUUGUCCUUGUCUAACUUGUUGCCGUCUCCCUUGUCCAGUGCGCCCGCGCCGCCUUCACCAUCGGAACCUGAUUCUGAUGGCGAUGAACCAUUGUUGAGUGGUACUGGCGAAGUGUCCAAAGAUUGUGGUGUUGAUGUACUCGAGAAUUGGGCGCAAGUGCUCAGGAAUUGGAUUGGUCCCCGUCCGCGUGCGCUGAGCCAGCUGGUGCGCGUGGGCGUGCCGGAGGCGCUGCGCGGGGAGGUGUGGCUGCGGCUCGCUGGAGUAGACCAGAACGAUAAACUCAUGGAGACAUAUAGGACACUCAUCAGCAAGGAGUGUCCGUUCGAGGCGGUGAUCCAGCGCGACAUCGCGCGCACGUUCCCGGCGCACGACUUCUUCCGCGAGGCGGGCGGGCUGGGGCAGGACUCGCUUCUGCGCAUGGCGCGCGCCUACGCCGUCUACGACCACGAGGUCGGCUACUGCCAGGGACUCAGCUUCCUCGCCGCCACGCUGCUGCUGCACAUGCCGGAGGAGCAAGCAUUUUGUCUGCUGGUGCGUCUGAUGUACGGCUACGGACUGCGCGAGUUGUACAAAGAUGGCUUCGAAGCGCUCUACAUGAGGUUGCAUCAAUUGGAUAGAUUGAUGGAGGAGCAACUGAACGAUCUUCGAGCUCACUUCCAAGAGCUAGGUGUGGAGCCGCACAUGUUCGCUUCCCAGUGGUUCCUCACAGUGUUCACUGCGAGGUUUCCUUUGCCAUUGGUGUACCACAUCCUGGACGUGUUCCUGCUGCAAGGCAUGGACACGCUGUUCCAAGUGGCGCUGGCGCUGCUGUCGCGCUCCCGCAAGGACCUGCUGCAGCACGACUUUGAGGGCGUGCUCAAGUACUUCAGAGUUACAUUGCCGAAGAAAUGUCGCGCGGAGGAAUCAUCCCGUCAAAUAGUGAAACUGGCUUGCAGUAUUAAAGUGAAGCGGCUGCAAAAAUAUCAACUGGAAUACGAGAAGUUCAUCAAAGAAUCAGCAGAGAAGGAGAAGAUAAAUGUAGAACUAGAAAGUCUGAAGGUGAGCUGUGCUCAGCUGCAGCAGGAGAAGGAGGCACUGGAGUCACAACUGACACAGAAUCGCAGCGCACUAGAGGAAAUGCAAAAGGAGUCUGUGCACUACGCGGCUGUCGCGCGCGACUACCGCGAGAUCUGCGCGCGGCUCGACAAGCAAGUGCAUCAAAUGCAGGAAUCCGUUAAAAACUGUGUAAACUGCAGCGUCAAACUCGCACAGAAAGAUAAUAAAGAGGAGAAAUAUAUAAAUAAAAAAGACAAAAAAAUCAUAAACAGUAAUACUCUGAUAUUACUAAGUCUUAAUAUUAAUAUAGUGGUUGUGGUCAUAUAUUCUUAUUUGCCUAUUUAUUUUCAGGAGCUAAGCCACCAACUGAAUGCGGCCCUCAACGAGAUGCAGAUGAACCAGAAGCAGUCGGUGACGCCGUGGCUCGUGCGCACGCUCGGUUCCAUAAUGGAGGCAGCUCAAAACCGACCAUCAUUCCAAACAUACUUACCUAACGCGAAUCAAGAAGCAACAAUCCAUAGACAAGGCUCUCUAACUAACGUACAAACGCAGUCUCAUUCCGUAGACAGGCGCGUCUCCGAGCCAUACAGCCCUGACGUAGUUCGGAGGAAGAAAGAUCUCAAUACAAAACGACACUCAAUGCUCGUAGAGUCCAAUAUCACCAAAGAGGCAAAGGAACUCAACCGACGGAGCCACCAUGACGUCACAAUUGUCAAAAACCUGUCAAUGGGUUGACGUAAGCGUUCCGUUUCACAGUCAUGUUAGUGCCUGUAAAUAUUGUUUACCCGCCACAGGGCACGCUUCACCCGAGCGUCAGGGUUGCCAGAUAAAAGACGUAGUAUAAAAUGUAUAUUUUACUAUUUUUAGGCUUUACGCACCGGUUAUCCUAGUCCUAAUAUAAAGCUUUCUCUUUAGAUACAAAAAGAGUUGUCCACGCAAGAUCUGGUAACUCUGAGUGUCAUAGAUUAAACAAUUACCGAAGAUAUGAAAAUUAUUAUGAAUACUAUUUUGCAAUAUAAGUGCACAUACCGCUAGUCAAUACGGUUAAAUAAUAUUGGUUGUAUAUGUUUGUUUUCCUAAGAAAGUCGGAUUAUGAGUUUAUUUUGUAAGGGUUUUUAUUUAAAAAGUAUCAAAGUAAAUUGAUUUAUUUCAUUCAAAAUUGUGAUUUCAUAAAAAUCAGUAUUAAAAUUUUCCAAUUUGCAUUUACCGUGCUUUGUUCAGUGUUAGUGCUUGGCUUCAGGUGAGAAAAAUUUUCAUUGAAAACUAGAUGUUUUAGAGGACAUUUAUAAAAAAAAAUAACUUUGUCUAUAGUCCACUAAUAUCAAUGUAUAAUGUAUUUUAAUGUUACGGAUCAUACGAAAUACCUUCUCAUUUUUUUUUAUUUUUUCUUUUAUAUUGAA